AUGCCGCUGCGGAGUCGUGGAGCCGAGCACCCGACCGUGUAUCUGGAGCUGCCUCAACUCGACCGCUACCACGACCGCGCGGAGCGAGUUCUGUCCGAGACCAUCGCGGCGUACGGGCAGCUGGACGGCCCCAACAUUGACACGUCUCGGUGGAAGAGCAUUCGGGCUCGACAUGGCGUUCGCCUGUUCCGCGCGCGGCAAUUGGUGCGCGACGGACAGACGCCGCUGCUGUGUGUCGGCACGCUCCGAGGCCGCUUCGACGACAUCCUGGAAGGACUGUACUGCGGCAGCACCGAGGAGAUGAUACUCAUGAACGCCAUCCAGUGCCCCAAAGUCGUCGACAGCGCCGUGUUGUUCGCGGUGGAGACCAGUUCACCGGUAGACCCGUACGCCUUCACGGGCCUCAAGUGGGCGACCAUGAAGCCGCCCGUGGGGAGCAGUCGAGACUUGUGCUACUUCGACAAGAUGGGGAUGGUGCACCAGAAGUCGGGCAAGCGCAUGGCCUACCACGUCAUGCAGUCCGUGGAUUUACCCGAGCUGCCGCAAAGACCCAAGCACAAACGCGUGCGCGUGUCGCUCUCCUACGUGUUCGAAGAGCUCGAGGACGAUCUGGUCGGCGUCUUCAUGCAGGGCGAGAUGAACUACGAUGCGCACGCUGUCGGAGAUGAUGCUGGCGGCCACCAAGGCGCUGGAGUGUACGCGCGCGAAGAAGCUGGCGCACAUGAUCGUGAUCAGUCGUCCGGCUGA